CCGAAGAUGUUUGAGAAGUGUCUGAUUUUUAUUUUCUUGUGUCUUGCGCGGCUGAAUGCUGCAACUUUAUUGCUGUCCCUUGGGGCCAAGGACUUUCAACUUGAUUUUCUGCGCGAAGUGACCGACUUUGUCGAGCAGCGGGCCGAGCAAAGCCUCAACGAUUACCUGACCCAACUGGAGCACAAUCCGAAGAAUGAAAACUACACUAAAGAUUUGAAAGCUGCCCGCUCCUCACAGAACUUGCAGACAAAAAUGACACUUGUUAAGCAGCUGCUGGACGCUGAGCAUCAUCUGGACACGGAUCUGGAGCACACAUCCGUGCUCAGGAGUUUGAUAUUCCUCAACCGCCUUAAAUCCACUCUGAGAGCGGCCAGGGAUGCCAGUGCCCAGGAGAUCCGUCAGCUCCGACUCCACCGACUGUGCCAGCAAUUCCAGCGUCCAGUGCCCUUGAGCAGGAGUCGGUACAUCAACGAGCAAACCAUUGGAGCAGCACUGGAGCAGUUGAACUUGACAAGGGGAAGCGAUGCCAACUCCACCGACAUGGACCUCAACCAGUUUGGAUUGCAAUUGUACGAGAAGGUCAAGGUUUCUGGUGCCGAAAUCAUCAACAAUUAUCUACAAAUACUACGCGGUCUGAUUCAGGAUAUCAUGGAUGGGGACCACGCCGAUCUGUCUAACAGCAGCUCCCGGCUGAGGAAUGUACUGAACCAUUUGGAUACUAUGCUGGCCACUCAGGACUUCUUCGAGAAGCGGCAGAAGGUGUACGCGUAUCUGAAACUCCAUCUAGACACCGACUACGAACAGCUCCAGGAGUCCUCCAACCCGGAGCACCAUCUCACAGAGCAGCUGAUGGCCAAACUGCAGGCCAAGGGACUGGAUCUAUUCGUCAUUUUCCUCUUCAGCAACUUUGAGUUCUUAGAGCUGGUGCACAUGCACUGGGCUCAGAUGCUGCCACAGUUGCCUAACCUGCUGUACGAUGGCACUUCCCGCCAACUCUACGACGUGCAACAGCUAUACCAGAACUUUAUUCUGGACACGGAGAGCGAGGCCAAGUACCAGGCCUACUCCGACUCCCUGCGACGUCUGCACGAGCGCACCAUGGAGGAAGGGGAACGCAGCCACCACAUAUUCGAACUCCUCAGCAAUGCAGCACAAAAUGUUGGCAGUGUUACCUUCAAUAUGAUAAAGGCCAAGUGCCAGGAACUGAUGUGAAGAGAACUACAAAUAAAAUUUAUAAAAUGUAUAAAAAAAAGAAAAUUUAAA